AUGCAACAAAGCAUCAUUGAGCAAAAUGCUCUUGAACGUGUUGCUGAGUCUAUGAAAAGGUCUCAAUUCACUGAGUAUCCUGACCAGCUUGGCAAGCGAGCAAUUGGCACAGCAUGCUGCAAAGAAAUUCCGGGAGAACAAUCUUUGCCUCAACUAGUACUUCUUUCGGACAGUGAUUUGACAAUGAAGCAACUACAGCUUAAGACUUUGAGUCAUAGUAUCAAGCAUGAUCUGAUUGACAAGGACUUUUCUGCUUUCCUUAAAGAAUGGAAAGAUAUCUUGUCAAAGCACUGGGAGCACUACAUGAUGCAAUUGGAGAUACUGGCAAAGAAUAACAACCUUGCUAUUUACAAAUGCAAGAUCAUAUGGUGUGAAAAAAGCCUUCUUCGGGGAAGCUUCAAAAGUGACAACCAGAAGCAAAAAAGAAGAAUGGUAGAGAAGAACAAUACACAGCAAGAUGCAAAUAAUUCUUUAUCGUCUUCUAAUAAUAUGUUUGAAACGGAUGGUGGUGAGUCACCUAUUAUGGUCUCCUCUACAGAAAUGAGUGUUGAGCCAGCACAAAAGAGAAGCCGAAGAUGA